CGCGAUAAGCUAUGUUUUCAUUGAUUUGAAACAUGGCGUCGGAGGUAGAGGCGGGCUGCGCUGCUACGACAGAACCGGAGACAGGAGAGGGGGAUGCUGCAUUUGGGGAACUACCCACCACCAUGGAUACUGAAUCAUCAAAUGGCAAAGAAGGAGUGGAGGCAACUGGGGAAGGCUCAGAGGCUGCUGAUGCUCUCACUGGAUCUGGAGAUGAGGAGAGUGGGAGGCAACUGGGGGAGGUGGAGCUGCAGUGUGCUUUGUGCAUGAAGUGGUUCACAGCAGACACAUUUGGCAUCGACACUGCGACCUGUCUGCCCUUCAUGACCAAUUAUGUGUUUCACUGCAACGUCUGCCAUCACAGCGGCAAUACAUACUUCCUCAGGAAACAAGCAAACCUGAAGGAGAUGUGUCUCACAGCUUUGGCAAACCUCACAUGGCGGUCUAGAACACAAGAAGAGCACCCAAAGACCAUGUUCUCCAAAGACAAGGACAUUAUACCGUUUAUUGACAAGUACUGGGAGUGCAUGACAACUCGUCAGAGACCGGGGAAGCUCACCUGGCCCAACAACAUAGUGAAGACAAUGAGCAAAGAGCGAGAUGUUUUCCUGGUGAAGGAGCACCCUGACCCUGGCAGUAAAGACCCUGAGGAGGAGUACCCCAAAUUUGGCCUUUUGGACCAAGACCUGGGAAACAUUGGACCCUCGUAUGACACACAGAAACAGACCACUGCUACUCCCACGACUGGUGGGCUCAAUGGUGGAUCUUCUUUCUCAGGUGCUUUGGCCCCUGGCCCAGGAAAAGGAAGAGGGGCCAAACGUAAACAACAGCAGCAACAAGAGGGAGCAGCUGCUGGAGCGACGAAGAGAACACGAAGUGACCCUCUGUUCUCGGCCCAGCGGCUGCCUCCUCAUGGUUACCCACUAGAGCACCCAUUUAAUAAGGAUGGAUACCGUUACAUCCUGGCAGAACCGGACCCCCACGCUCCGGACCCAGAGAAGCUGGAGCUGGACUGCUGGGCCGGCAAACCCAUACCUGGUGAUCUGUACAGAGCCUGUCUGUACGAGAGGGUGCUGCUGGCCUUACACGACAGAGCCCCUCAGUUGAAAAUCUCUGACGACCGUCUAACGGUGACUGGAGAGAAAGGUUACUCCAUGGUCCGAGCUUCCCACGGUGUGCGGAAAGGCUCCUGGUACUUUGAGGUUUCUGUUGAUGACAUGCCUCCAGAGACUGCAGCCAGACUGGGCUGGUCUCAACCACUUGGUAACCUGCAGGCUCCUUUGGGUUAUGACAAGUUCAGCUACUCAUGGCGCAGUAAGAAGGGCACACGGUUUCACCAUUCAAAAGGAGAGCAUUACUCCUCAGGCUAUGGUCAGGGAGACACGCUAGGCUUCUUCAUAGAGCUGCCUGACGAGACAGAGACAGCCAAGGCUCUGCCUGAUACAUACAAGGACAAGGCACUAAUCAAGUUCAAGAGCUACCUGUAUUUUGAAGAGAAGGACUACGUGGACAAAGCAGAGAAAAGCCUCAAGUCAAUGAGCCCCAGCAGGAUGGUAUUCUAUAAAAAUGGAGUGAAUCAAGGUGUCGCAUAUGAAAACCUCUUUGAAGGGCUCUACUUCCCCGCUAUCUCUCUGUACAAGAGCUGUACGGUGUCUGUCAAUUUUGGGCCACAUUUCAAAUACCCUCCAAAGGAUGUUAAGUACCAACCGAUGAGUGAUAUGGGAUGGGGAGCCGUGAUUGAACACACGCUGGCUGACAUGCUGUACCACGUGGAGACGGAAGUGGACGGAAGACGCAGUCCUCCGUGGGAAGGAUGAAGACCUGAACUCAGUACUUGUGCACCCUAGACAAAACAUUGCUCCACCUUUACACAGUAAAAUUCAAGCACCACGUACUGCAGUAAACAGUAGUUCAAAGAGCCACCGUUGCAGCUCCUGUGAUGUUCAUUUAGCAAACAAAAAGUUACCAGCUGUAGAGCUAUUACGCUGAGUUAAUAAUGGAUUCGUUUGCCAUCAGGAGACAUUCUGCACCGAAAUUUUGAUAACUAAAUUUACUUACCUUUGGUGCUUUGGCGUCAAAUGUAUAUUUUAGAGUUGUUAUGCUGUAGCAAGAACUUACUGGAGGACAGUUUAACACAUAUUUUGGAUAGUAUGCUGAACCUUCGAUGUUCGGCAGCCAAACGGACCCACUUCAGCAUUUCACACUGUCACUCUGUAGACAGGAGUUGAUUCUGCUGUCUUUAAUGCUCUUUGUUGUUUGCUAACUUUAUUUGUUUGAUAAUGUGUGCCAUUUCUUCACUCUUUUAUACUCUUGGUUAAAUAAAAAAAUGCUACAUUGACAAAGUUGAA